CUCAACGCCCAAGUCAAGUAAAAACGUAGAUCAAAAACGAAAAGCCCUUUUAAAAGUCUUAAACCCAUCUAAUUUUCCCUUCAUUGUUUCUGCAAAUCAAUACAAUUCAAGAAAUGAAGAUUUGAAUAACAAAAAAUCAAAUCAAAUUGGCAAAAAUCAGAUAGAAAUCGGAAGUCUCCGUGGUUCUGAGUCAGCCGGAGAACAAGUAUAAAUGGCUAAGCUAAGCUGCGACUUCCGGUUCCUUCUCAUCCCCGCUGCUUUGGUUUUCAUUUACAUCCAGAUGCGGCUUUUCGCCACGCAAUCGGAAUACGCCGAUCGAAUAGCUGAAGCGCUUGAUGCAGAGCACCAUUGUACAAGUCAAAUACGACUGCUUAUUGAUCAAAUAAGCAUGCAACAAGAACAAAUUGUUGCACUUGAAGAGGGGAAGAAGCGAAAGGAGCAGGAGUGUGCACAACUGAAGGCACUUGUUCAAGAUCUUGAAAAGAAAGGCCUUCAAAGAAUAAUUGACAAAGCGCAGGUACCAGUGGCAGCAGUUGUCAUCAUGGCAUGCAAUCGUGCAGAUUAUCUGGAAAGGACUAUUGCUUCUAUCUUAAAGUAUCAGAGCUCUGUUGCUUCAAAAUAUCCACUUUUUGUAUCACAGGAUGGAUCAGAUCCAAAUGUUAGAAGUAAAGCUUUGAGUUACAAUCAGUUAACUUAUAUGCAGCACUUGGAUUUUGAUCCAGUGCAUACAGAAAGGCCUGGGGAAUUGAUUGCGUACUACAAGAUUGCUCGUCACUACAAAUGGGCAUUGGAUGAGUUGUUCUACAAGCACAAUUUUGACCGAGUAAUCAUACUUGAAGAUGAUAUGGAGAUUGCCCCUGAUUUUUUUGAUUACUUUGAGGCUGCUGCAGCCCUUCUUGAAAAGGAUAAGUCAAUUAUGGCUGUUUCCUCAUGGAAUGACAAUGGGCAAAAGCAGUUUGUGCAUGACCCAUAUGCACUUUAUCGCUCAGAUUUCUUUCCUGGUCUUGGGUGGAUGCUUACUAUAUCUACAUGGAAUGAGCUAUCACCAAAGUGGCCAAAAGCUUACUGGGAUGACUGGUUGAGAUUAAAAGAGAAUCACAAAGGUCGACAAUUCCUUCACCCUGAAGUGUGCAGAACCUAUAAUUUUGGUGAGCAUGGUUCUAGUAUGGGACAGUUUUUCCAGCAAUAUCUUGAGCCUAUUAAGAUGAAUGACGUUAAGGUGGACUGGAAGUCACAGGAUUUGAGCUACCUAAUGGAGGACAAAUAUAUAAAAUAUUUUGCCAAUAUGGUGAAAAAAGCAAAACCUGUCCCUGGAGCAGAUGCUGUUCUUAUGGCAUCUAAUAUAAAAGGUGAUGUGCGUAUUCAUUAUAAAGACCAAUCAGACUUUGAACGCAUUGCACACCAAUUUGGAGUUUUUAAAGAAUGGAAGGAUGGUGUACCGAGGACAGCAUAUAAAGGAGUAGUGGUUUUCCGAUACCAACCACCAAGACGUGUGUUUCUUGUUGGUCCUGACUCUCUACGGCAGCUUGGAAUUGAAAAUGCUUGAAAACUGAAAGGUAGGUUCUGGCAGACAAAUUUUGUUUUCGAAGCAGCAAGGCUUGAAAUAGGAUGGAGAUAAAUACUGUUUUAAAUCUAAAGAGCUGGCUUACGCUUCUCAUAUCCAACCGUUCUUGACUUUACAACCUCCAUAAUUUGACAUUAAUACAUCCACACUUGCGCAGGCAUGCGCAGAUAUGGGCACGGAGGCCUUGAUUUUUGUAGGUUUAUGACUCCAUCUUCUAUUAUUCUAUUUAACUUGAUAGUUGAUAGUUCUACAGUGUGUAUGUAAAAGUAUGAUGAAUCCCACAAGCUGUUUCUGGUGUAUUGAUUAUGUUAGUUCUAGUUAUUGUCGAAACUUCAAUUUAAAAAUGAAUUAUACCCAAGAGUUCCAAGUUAUAAUCAGACAAUUGUUUGAAAACAUUU